UAUAUACGUUAGCGAGAGAGAGAGAGAGAGAGAUAGAGAGAUAGAUAGAGGGAUAGGCUUUAUAUAUUUAUUUACAUCUGUGAUAUCGACGCUGAUAUACAUCGACCUUUUCCGCGAAAAAAGGAAUCGAAGAGGAGCGAGAGAGAGGGAGAGAGAGAGGGAGAGCGAGUGUGUGUGAGAGAGUAAGAGGGAGAGAGACAGAGAGAGAGAAACAUCGCUCCGAAGAAAGAUUAUAUCAGUUUCUUAGUGGAUAGGGUUUUUUGUAUAUACGACUGACUCUUUUUUAUAAUUAUUACUAUCGGUGCGAGAAACGGAGAACACGCGCUCGGACAAGAUCUCUCGACAGUGGUGAACCAGAAGAUUCUCCGAUCUUUCCCGGACGAUCGUUUCGUAAAGGCGACGAGAGUACUCGAGAGAGGAAACAUGGUGGAGAAGAUUCUGGAGGAACGAGAAGACGGCACUCAAGAGGCCGGACGAGGCGAUGGGACUUGCCGGGAUGUAGCCUCGACGGGGGAGUCUAUGAGCGCGGUACAGGCCCGUCAGGAGGAGGCGAGACGCAAGAGGCGCAGGAAGAGACGCUCCGGCUCCUCUGUGGUGUCCUCCUGCUUCCAAGAACUGUACAAAUUGACUGGAGAAGUUCUUGGAGAGGGUGCCUACGCCUCGGUCCAGACUUGUACAUCUCUUUACACGGACCUCGAAUAUGCUGUGAAGAUCAUUGAUAAGAUUCCCGGACACGCGCGUGCCAGGGUGUUUAAAGAAGUCGAGACGUUUCACCAUUGCCAGGGCCACCCGAACAUCAUACAGCUAAUCGAGUUCUUCGAGGACGAGGAAAAAUUCUAUCUUGUGUUUGAGAAGAUCAACGGUGGCCAGCUAUUGAAUAGGAUUCAGGAACGGAUUCACUUCACUGAGAGGGAGGCGAGCCAGAUUGUCAAAGAGAUUGCGAGUGCGCUCGACUUCCUUCAUAAGAAAGGUAUUGCUCACAGAGAUCUCAAGCCUGAGAACCUUCUGUGCGUAUAUCCGGACAAGUUGACGCCAAUCAAGGUAUGUGACUUCGAUCUUGGAUCGGGUAUCAAGUUCAACAACUCGCUGUCUAGUCCUGUGGCAACGCCGCAACUUUUGACACCGGUGGGCAGCGCCGAGUUUAUGGCGCCGGAAGUGGUCGAGGCUUUCAUCGGCGAGGCCAAUUAUUACGACAAACGUUGCGAUCUCUGGAGCCUCGGUGUUAUUAUGUACAUUCUGCUCUGCGGUUAUCCACCCUUCUAUGGAAACUGCGGCACCGAGUGCGGUUGGAGCAGGGGAGAAAAUUGUCAGGCCUGUCAAGAGUUGCUCUUCACCAGUAUUCAGGAGGGCAGAUACGAAUUUCCCGACAAGGAGUGGAGAUGUAUCUCCGAGGACGCGAAAGAUUUGAUUAGAGGCUUGCUCGUUAAGGAGGCCCACCAGAGGCUCAGCGCCGAUAGUAUUUUGAAACAUCCCUGGAUUAAUCCCGGGCCGACUUCCGUCGAAACUGGUGAUCGAUCACUUACCACGCCUCAUAUCAUAAGGAGGAACAACUCCGCUAGAGAACUCUCAGCGUUCGCUGAGUCCGCAAUGGCUGUGAAUCGCGUGGUACUUCAGCAUUUCUCUCUAAAUCCCGAGGAGCUGGCGGAGAAUCGGGAGCCCAGACUGUCCACGUCGUCGACCGACGAUGAUAAUCAUCCGUACGGUCACAUGUCCGACUCCAGCAGCGAAUUAUCCGAAAACAGCAAGCACUUGACGACGCAUUCAUCCAGCGAGUUUGACGGCACGCGACCAAAAUCCUGCUCUGUACGCUCCAGCGUUGAUCUGAAUGACCCCAAGAUCAUCGGAAAGAAUCGCGUCAUCGGUAAGGACUCGCUGCAGAAUUGGUUUGGGCUGUCACCGCCGACCGAGAGUCGUCUGAUGCAACGCCGUUUGAAGGCACGCUCAGACCUGCUCGAACGUCAAACCGGCAAAGCGGUAAUUGCGUCUCCGAGUGGCUGAGAGGUCGCUGUAGAACCGAUCACUUUUUCUCGCUACAGUAUCAUUUGUCUCUUUGUAGCUACGUGAAAACGCAAACGAUGUACAAUACCUUUUCCAAUGGCUUAGGAAGCUAACGUAGCAUGUAAGUCGAGUCUCUGAUUCUGCGCGGAUAAUGAGAACAGGCUCAAUCAUUUACGAUAGUGACGACAGCGAUAAUAAUCGAAAAGUAUUCGCCGCGAAAAUAAUCGAACAGAAUAUUGUCGUUAUCUUCUUUUUUCGAUAGUCCUAAGCUUCUUUUGUUUUAAACCUUUCCUUUUAACAGACAGUUGGAUGAUAACCAGAUUGUUUUUAUUUCCAAAUGUAAGAUUUAUUCACUCUUAAAAUUAAUUAUAUAUUAA